AUGGACAAUCAUCCGGAUUUCGAUAAUUGUCGCUACACAUUACCCGGGAUUUUGCAUUUUCUGCAGCAUGAGUGGAGCCAGUUCGAACUUGAGCGCGCCCAGUGGGAGUCGGAGAAGGCCGAGUUGCAGGCGACCAUUGCAUUUCUGCAGGGAGAACGACGCGGACAAGAAAAUCUUAAACGCGAUCUCAUCAGGAGAAUCAAAAUGCUUGAAUUCGCGCUGAAAAAGGAGCGAAUCAAAGUGACGCAACUGAAGGGAGAAGAUGGAGGAAACAUUCCAAAUCCGCCAGAGCUCGAUGGCAACGACUCGCCAACAGAUGAAAUUCCUCCCGAAAUGGCAGGCAAUCAAGAAGGCCUGGGCGAUCUCUGGUCUGGUGGGAGACAGCUCCUUCGUCAAUAUCUCCAAGAAGUUGGCUUCACAGAUACGAUUCUUGACGCUAGAAGUGCUCGGCUCCGAGCGCUUCUUGGCAAUUCUGCGCCCAAUGACGACGAUGAUGAUGAUAACGAAAAUGAGCACGGCAAAAUGCCGGCAGCCUAUGGGGCUCUCAGCGAUUCUGGCGAUGUAGCGGUGCUCGAUGAUUUGCCAAUUAAAGACGAUGACAUUCAAGAUGCUAUGGCUGAUUUCAACUUCUUACAAAGCGAGAACGCGAGUGACUGGAAUCCAAACACGCAGGUUAUAGAUAAGAAAAAAGAAGAGCUUAUCCUCGAACGAAAACGAAAACCACGUCCUCCUCGAAACAACUCACCUCCUCGUGGAUCCCAAGAAAGCAGCGGUAUUUUCAACCAGCUGCAAGGACAAUUAAAUAAUAACGACAACGACUCAGAAAACAAAGAAAUCGGAGAAGAGGAAAAUGAAGAGGAGCUCGAACUCGGCGUUUUGGCUGGACUAACAAUAAAUAACGAGGCCGAUCCGUUAGGACUCUCUGAUAACAGUCAAUUCCGACGCUCUUGGACUCAUAAAUACACGCUGCGAAGUCAUUUGGAUGGAGUUCGUUGCGUCCAGUUUCACCCUGUCGAGCCACUUCUUGUCUCGGCUUCGGAGGAUAAAGUCGUCAAGGUGUGGAAUUUAAAUAAAACUGUAGCUGGAAAGAAGACACAAACUGCAGAUAUUGAUCCUAUCAUGAAUUAUAGGGGACAUGAAGGGCCGGUCUUAUCAGUCGUCUUUGGCGAAAAUGAAAUAUACUCAUCUGGCCUCGAUGGGCUGAUUUUCGGCUGGCCUAUGCCAAAGCUUGAUGCUGAUUUGUACGACCCAUUCGAUCCCGAAAUCCUCGGCAGAAAGUUCGAAGGUCACACAGAUGCUGUCUGGAAUCUCGAUUUCCUCCGCGCUCCAGAGCCAAAACUCGUCUCCACUGGUGCCGAUGGCAAGAUUAUUAUUUGGGAUCUUGCAACUGGAACGCCGGCGAUGACGAUUACCGCCGAAUCGCUUGAAAUGCCCGACUUGGGCACUCCAAUUGAUGCCAGAUGGUCGAGCGAGAACAACAAGCUCGUCGCGAUUUGGAGGGGAGACAAAAUUACGACCAUUGACGUCUCUACCGGAAAAAUUGUGCUCUUGCUUGACGAAUGCGUUGAUGCAAAUGCUGUCUGCACUCAUCCUCUUGUACCUAUUGCUGUGACGGCGCACGAAGAUAAACAUAUACGAAUGUGGGACUUGUCAAGCGGUAUUUUGGUACACACAUGCAGCGCGCACGCUGAUGCUGUUUCCACUGUAGCAAUCGAUAAGACUGGAUCUUAUCUCCUCACUGGUGGUCAUGACUCCUCCAUCAGGCUCUGGAAUAUUGAUACGAAGGUUUGUGUGCAAGAAAUGACAGCUCACAGGCCAAAGAACGACGAAGCGGUUCAUUUUGCUACAUUCCAUAUAAAUAAAGGCUACGUUGCUUCUGCUGGCGCUGAUGGCUUGGUCAAAAUCUUCGUGUAA